AUGCUGCUGAGCCCAGUCACCUCCACCCCCUUCUCAGUCAACGACAUCCUGAGGCUAGAGCGCGAGCAGAGUCACCCCAAGCUUUCCCCGCUCCCAGGGCUUAGCGGGAGCCCAGAAAACUCUCAGUACCUGCGCCUGGACCCAGAACAGCACGGAUGGGGGGUUCACAACACUCAGAACAGCCGCGACCCGAGGAGGCUGGAAGGUUCAGGGCCUCUGGGGGGUCCCUGUGAGAAGAUCAUGGAAAUGGACGCAGAGCGGGUGGAAGAGCCACAGCCAGGGCUGAGCGCAGCCUCGCCGGCGCGCGGCGGCAGCGGCGGCGGCGGCGGCGGCGGCGCGGAACCGCCCAGGGUGCGGCAGCGGCGGAAGCCGCGCGUGCUCUUCUCGCAGACGCAGGUGCUGGAGCUGGAGCGGCGCUUCAAGCAGCAGCGGUACCUGUCGGCGCCCGAGCGCGAGCACCUGGCCCGCGCGCUGCAGCUCACCUCCACGCAGGUCAAGAUCUGGUUCCAGAACCGGCGCUACAAGUGUAAACGGCAGCGCCAGGACAAGUCCCUGGAACUGGCGGGCCACCCGCUAGCGCCGCGGCGGGUGGCGGUGCCCGUGCUGGUGCGGGACGGCAAGCCCUGCCUGGGGCCCGGCGCACCCGCCUUCCCCGGCCCUUACGGCCCGGCUGCGGCGCCCUAUUCCAGCUACAGAGGCUACGCCGCCGGCCCCUACGGGGCGGGCUUCGGCGGCGGAUAUGCAGGCGGGUCCCCGGGCCCCGCGCCGCCCGGACCCCUGGCCCUGGGGGGCUUCGGCGGGGGCGGCCCUGGCGGGAGCCCGGAGCACCAUCUGUCCGCAGCGCUGCAGGGCGUCAGGGCCUGGUGA